ACGUAAGCCCAUGUGAUUUUUCCCCUUCGAGGCUGGCUCCCUACUCAAAGUUGAGCUCCCCUUCAAAGUUGAUGCUUUACCUGCAUCCCGUCUUUGGGUUCUCAGAUUUAAGCAGUUUACGAAGCUCCAAGAUCGAAUUUUCUGAAAGUUAAGAUUCGUAAGAUUUGAGUUUUUUCUCGCGGUUUUAAGAAGAUGGAUAUCAUUUCCCAAUUACAAGAACAAGUAAAUUCUAUAGCAGCCCUAACUUUCAACACAUUUGGGACACUGCAACGAGAUGCUCCACCCGUUAGGCUCUCCCCUAAUUACCCAGAACCCCCUUCCAAUCCCACCGAGGACUCUGCCAAUUUCGCCGAUCAACCUAAGCUCAUGAGUGCUGCUCUUGUUAAGGCUGCUAAACAGUUCGAUGCAUUGGUUGCUGCACUUCCACCUUCAGAAGGCGGUGAAGAAGCUCAACUUAGAAGGAUUGCUGAACUCCAAGCUGAAAAUGAUGCUGUAGGCCAAGAACUUCAGAAACAACUGGAGGCUGCUGAGAAGGAACUGAAACAGGUUCAGGAGUUAUUCAGUCAAGCAGCAGAUAAUUGUCUCAACUUGAAGAAACCAGAUUGAAUUCAUUUCCUUGAACAAUCCCUCCUUCCAUGUUUAAUUUUAUUGUCUUUAUAUUUGUUUAAUCCUAGGUUUCUAAAGGUUUAUUUAUAUACUCAAAAGUUUGUACAAAAUGUUCCACCUGGGCUUUUGAUUCUCUGCACUAGAAUUCAAUCAAAUUACUCUUUUAUGUUUGUGAAAAAACCAUGUUUACUGUUCCAAUAGCAGUGUCAGUGUGCAUCUAACAAUUCAAAUCAUAUUCAUUUGCAAAGAAUAGAAUCUGAAUCAGUCACACAUACAACAACAAACACAACCUUUGCAUUGAGGAUGCAAAUCAGUCACAUAUCAACAUUUGCUAACAGAUACGAUAAUUACUGGAUUCGAUAACCAUUUGUUAUCAGUCUAAGAAGUUGGACUGCCUUCUUCAAUCUUCUAUCU